AUGCGGCUUCUGAGAAGCAAAUUCCUGGAUUACGCGAGCAGUUGCUUGUACUUUUUCGAAGCAUUUGCAGUUCAAUGGGAGCAAAGCGGAGAGGCAUUCCUGGGUGUACACGAAACGUACGAAGGAAAAGAAAAGCUCAUUUGCUACGUAACCGAAUUUAUCAAUACUACUGGACGCCCAGAGGCACAUGACUACAUUGCAACGUCAAAAAAAGGCGAUGGACUGAUGGAACCAGUACUGAAAAAGGCAGUUCCUGGGGUAGCAAUAAAUGAUACAAGCGAUAGAAACGUAAUUAACGUAAUUGAUAAAAACGACACAGACGCAAACAAUGCAAGUGAUGUAAACGUAACUGACCAUCUGGAAUCGUUGCCGUAUAAUUUGGUUAAUAAAAUGUGCAGGCAAACCGCGGGUCAUCGAACGGUCGCUGCACGAAUACGUCAUCGCGAUCAGAUUUUCGAACUGAGAAGUUAUGCUGAAAAAUACUUGAAAGAAAACGGAUUUGACAAGGUACGUGUGCCGAUGCUAACCGGUCUUAUUCAUAUUCGCGGUAUGGGCUUCAUCUGGAUAUCCGGAAAUAACGGCACACAUGUCACCAUGUACGAUCCUAGCUAUGAAGCACUGUACGAUGAGAUGCCUUUUUGGGUCGAUCCGACGUUUCAUCCGUACUUGAAUACCACCGAAAUACACUGCCAUCGUUUUGUAAUAUGGACUUGUAAGUUUUUGAACAGCCAAAUAUCCUAUUGCGGUGAAGGAUUGAAUUUCUUUCAUUUUUUUAUGAAAAUCAGUGAACAUUGCACGUUUCUCCCGUCAUAG